AUGCACGCCACAACCAUCAAGAAGCUUCUCCUCCUCUUCAUCUCCGCGUUCAUGCUGAUCAUCUCCCACGCAUCGUCCCUACGCUUCCACUACAUCAACUCUCACAACUUCACCACGAAAACGAGCGCCGCCUCGUCGUCGUCGUCGUCCUCAGCUGCUCACCGCAGCCGCAACCCUUCGCUCGCCUUGGUGCACCGCGACGCGAUCACCGGCGCGACGUACCCCUCGCGCCGCCACGCGGUGCUCGACCGCGUCGGCCGCGACAAUGCGCGCGCCGAGUACCUCGUGAGGCGCCUGUCCCCGACGUACCUGCCGACGGACUUGGGCUCCGAGGUGGUGUCCGGCUUAGACGAGGGCAGCGGCGAGUACUUCGUCCGCGUCGGCGUCGGCUCGCCGCCCACGGAGCAGUACCUCGUGGUGGACUCCGGCAGCGACGUCAUCUGGGUGCAGUGCAAGCCGUGCCUGCAGUGCUACGCGCAGGCCGACCCGCUGUUCGACCCCGCCUCGUCGACGACCUUCUCCGGCGUGUCGUGCGGCUCGGCCAUCUGCCGGAUGCUUUCCAGCUCCUGGUGCGGCGACGCGGGGAGGUGCCAGUACGAGGUCUCCUACGGGGACGGGUCGUACACCAAGGGCGUGCUCGCGCUCGAGACGCUCACGUUCGGAGGCACGGCGGUGGAGGGCGUCGCCAUCGGCUGCGGCAACCGCAACCACGGUCUCUUCGUCGGAGCGGCGGGGCUGCUGGGCCUCGGCUGGGGCCCCAUGUCGCUCGUCGGUCAGCUCGGCGGCGCGGCCGGCGGCGCGUUCAGCUACUGCCUCGCGAGCCGCGGCCCCGGUUCCAACGCCGACGCCGGGUCGCUGGUCCUCGGGCGGAGCGAGGCGGUGCCGGAGGGCGCCGUGUGGGUGCCGCUGGUGCGCAACCCGCAGGCGCCGAGCUUCUACUACGUCGGCCUGUCGGGGAUCGGCGUCGGGGACGAGCGGCUCCCGCUGGAGGCCGGCCUGUUCCAGCUGAGCGACGACGGCGCCGGCGGCGUGGUGAUGGACACGGGGACGGCGGUGACGCGGCUGCGGCAGGAGGCGUACGCGGCGCUGCGGGACGCGUUCGCGGGCGCCGUGGGCGCGCUCCCGCGCGCGCCGGGCGUGUCGCUGCUGGACACGUGCUACGACCUGAGCGGGUACACGAGCGUGCGGGUGCCGACCGUGUCCUUCUACUUCGACGAGGGCGCGACGCUGACGCUGCCGGCGAGGAACCUGCUGGUGGAGGUGGACGGCGGGAUAUACUGCCUGGCGUUCGCGCCGUCGUCGUCGGGGCUCUCCAUCCUGGGGAACAUACAGCAGGAAGGGAUCCAGAUCACCGUCGACUCGGCCAACGGCUUCAUUGGCUUCGGGCCCAACACGUGCUAGAUUGGUCUUGCCCCUCCCAUACAGUCAUCCAGCUAUCGCAAGCUUACUUUAUGUAGGAGUACUCAUCAUCAAGUGGCGUACACGUGCCUGCUAAAACGUAGGCAUACGGAAUGAGUGUAUCGUACAGUGUAUAUAUACUAGUAGUAGUACGUACAUAGGGGUAAGAGAGUAUGGCUUUCCUGUGUGCUGGGAAGGUCCUGAAGUUCCAACAGCAUGAUUGGUGUUCGCUUGCACUGAAACUGUUGUCAUGGUC